UCCUGAGUGUGCGGAAGUGUCAGGAGGGGCGGACUGGGCGCAUACCAUCAUCCAGCAGGUGGCUGCCAAAGACGGAGCAACAUGCGUAAGGAUGCUGAUGGGAUUCGGUUAUUUUCUUACAUGUUUCUCAUUUACAUUAUUGAAAUAAUUCAUCUGAGCUCCGGACACAACUUUCCCAUGAGGGAGAAAAGGUAAAUCAUUCAAUCCCUUAAUGCACUGAUGUGAUAUUGAUCUUUGGAAACUUGGAAGCUGCGAGAUGAUCCAUCCAAAUCAUAAAAGGAUGCUCUAAGACUUCUCAAGAAUGCACGACCAGAGGACGACUGUGCAAAAAGUCUGAAAGCCUGUAGAAACAGUGUUUAGAUUUAGUUCUCGCUGGAUCUGAGGUUUUACAAGCUAAAGACGGGAAUUCCUUUUGACCCGAAAGAAACCAGAACCCAGCGUGAUCUUCAGACGCAAGGAUGGCUGUGACACCGAACACUGUACGAACCGCCUGAUUAUGAUAAGUUGUAUAAACACAAGCGUCGGUGCACAGCACAGGUGUGAUGGUUCCUGCUGAAGAUAAUCUCACAGCUGUGUUAAACCUAGACAGCUGUCUGAACUGCACCAAGCCACCAGUCUAUGAUGUGAACCUCCCAAAGAUGGUGACCAUGGCCGUGGUCUUCAUGGUUUUCCUUGUGUUUGGAGUAAUGGGGAACGUUCUGGUCAUCGUAUCUGUCGUGUGCCACCGUCACCUCCGUUCAGUCACGCAUUACUUCAUUGCCAAUUUAGCUGCUGCUGAUCUGCUGCUGAGCUGCGUGGUUUUGCCGUUGUCGGCCUCGUCUGAGGCGCUCGGACGCUGGGUGUUGGGUCGCGCUCUGUGUGGUGUUUGGGCAUCGCUCGACGUUCUUUGUUGCACCGCAUCCAUCUUUAACCUCUGCGUCAUCUCCGUGGACCGCUGGCUGGCUGUUAGCUACCCGCUGCGAUACCCGUGCCUUGCCACAAGCAGGCGUGCUGUUGUUGCCAUGGUGGCUGUCUGGCUGGCGUCAGCUGGCAUUUCCGUCGGACCACUGUUUGGCUGGAGAGAGCCGAUGCCUGAUGACGAAUCGGUGUGUAGCGUCAACGAAGACCCGGGAUACGCCAUUUUCUCAGCCGCCUGCUCCUUCUACCUUCCCCUCACCGUAAUAUUAGUCAUGUACUGUAAAGUCUACAUAGUAGCACGCAGGAAAGCAAGAAGCCUCAGUGACGGGCAAUGGCGCAGCGGCGUAAAAGAUGAAGUGGCGUUCAGGAUCCACCGUGGCAAUUCUCAGAGAUGCCAUGCUGAGGGCGGAACGGAGGAAGAUGGAAGUAGAAAAUGUCGCUCCUACAGCGCCCUCGUGAAGCUGCUGACGUUCUCGAGGGAGAUGAAAGCGGCGAAGACACUGGGCAUCGUGGUGGGCUGCUUCGUCCUCUGCUGGCUGCCCUUCUUCCUCGUUCUGCCCAUCAGCUCCAUCUUCCCGUCUCACAGACCCUCAGAGAUCGUGUUUAAGAUCACCUUCUGGCUUGGAUACUUCAACAGCUGCUUCAACCCCAUUAUCUACACCUGCUUCAGCCAGGAGUUCAAAAAAGCCUUCCAGAACGUUCUCAAGGGCUGCUGCUUCUGCAGCUCCACCCCCACCCCCACCCCUCUGAGCCGAAUCUCCUCCCGUCCUGCCCCGCCCUUCUGCCCCAGCACUCCUGCUCCCCCUCGGUUUACUCAGACAGGGGCAGAUCAGGUGAGUAAAAGCCUCCUGAAGGUUUGCUGCUUCAUCAAGAGGGGUAAGAAUCCCAGGACUGAGACUCGUCACGUCUUUGUGGACAUGAAAGGUGUGACAGGAGGACAGGCUGUGUGAGACAUGAGGGACAUGAACUGGAUUAUACUGUAUAUUCAAGCAGGGGGCCAAGGCCUAAGCGUCUACUAGCAAGAGUUAAUCGUCACAUCGUUAAUACUGAAAUGUUAAGCUGUAAAUGUUUGAUAAAAUUGUGAACGGGUCAAAGUUUAUCAUUAAAUAUUUGGACGAAAAAUUUGAAUUUUUUUUUUCUUACAGAUUUAUGUUUGUUUCAAAGUGUCGUUCCAUCUGCAUCUGGAUGUUUCCUUGCUUAUAUUGCUUACCAAAAAAAAAAUCAGCAUUUGCUGAUAGAAUUAAUAAAUAAAAAAUAAAAAAACUCCAGCAUGGUACAGCG